UCUUAAUCACUUGCCGAAAUUCGAAAACCCUAGAAACCUCACUUUUAUAGCCGCGGCAGCCAUGGGAGAAGAACCCAAGGGGAUAGAAGAAAUAGGUCGAAUAUUCAGAGAUAUUCGUCGCUAUUAUUGCGAGUUCUGCGGUAUUUCCAGAUCCAAAAAGUCACUCCUGAAUUCUCACUUGAUCUCUCAUCAUAAGGAAGAAAUGGAAAAGAAGAGAGAGCUUGGAGGUGAGGAAGGUGAGGGAGAAAUGAGUUGUAAUACUUGUGAAGAAUGCGGUGUUACCUUCAAGAAACCAGCUCAUUUGAAGCAACACAUGCUUAGUCACUCUUUUGAGAGGCCCUUCUCUUGUCCGGUAAAUGACUGCAAUGCUAGUUAUAGAAGGAAAGAUCACUUGAAUCGACACAUGCUCCAACAUGAAGGGAAGUUAUUCAAAUGUCCUAUAGAAAAUUGUAAUAAGGAGUUUUCUGUUCACAGCAACGUUAGUAGACACGUAAGAGAUUUUCACAAGGAUAAGCCUGAAUCUGACGGCAAGAAGGGACAGGACAAACAUGUUUGUCAGGAAAUUGGGUGUGAAAAGGUGUUCAGAUAUGCUUCUCAGUUGCAGAAACAUGCCGAAUCACAUGUCUUGAAAUCUUCAGAAACAUUUUGCGCCGAUCCCAAAUGUAUGAAGUCUUUUUCCAAUAUCAAGUGCCUCAGGGAACAUAUCAGAGCAUGUCACCAAUAUGUAAAAUGUGAGGUUUGUCGUUCUAAGCAACUAAGGAAAAAUUACAAACGGCACCUCCAAACACAUGAAGAGCACCUACCAAUUACAAUUAAAUGCAACUUUGAGGGUUGUGACCAUUCAUUUACCACUAAAUCAAAUCUGCAGCAGCAUAUUAAUGCAGUGCAUUUGAAACUGAGGCCCUUCAUGUGUGGCAUACCUGGUUGUGGCAUGACAUUCGCUUUCAAGCAUGUGCGGGAUAACCAUGAAAAAACUUUUCGCCAUGUUUAUGUGCCUGGGGAUCUCGAGGAAUUUGAUGAACGAUUCAGAUCCAGGCCUCGGAGUGGGCGUAAAAGAAAGUUACCUUGUAUUGAGAUGCUUAUGAGAAAAAGGAUCACCCCCCCGAAUCAAUGUGACAGUUUUCUGAGUGAAAGCUCAGAGUUUAUAUCUUGGUUGCUUUCAGAUGAUGAGGAUUGAUGGUUCUUUUGAUAUUCGAGGCUAAAGCAGCAGAGUUUGGUGAAUUUGUAGAUUGUAGGAAGGAUGUUAAUGAUAGUGUUUGAAUGUUUAUGUUUUGGUGAAUUUUUUAUUAUUAUUAUUAUUAUUAUUAUUAUUAUUAUUAUUAUUAUUAUUAUUAUCA